UAUUUAAGGCUACAGAGAGGAAAUCCUAAGGAGGAGACUUUCCCCCCCUAGUCUCCAGCAAUUUUUUGGUGACGUAAUAUGUGGGCUGAACUUGAGUUUACUGAGAAAGAGAGGGAAUCACUAUUCAAGGGUACUGUAUAUACAAUCUGGGUCAGCUGCAGCUGGUUACUGCAUUUCUCCAUGUGGCAGACAGAGCAAAGCCACAAUGCUUUCUCUGCCGGAUUAACGACAGCCCACAGACCAGAACUUCCACUAUACUACUUAAAAUUACAUAGGUGGCUUGUCAAAUUCAAUUGAUGAGUGUUGUAAGAAGAAAAAGAAGUUCGUUAUUACAGCUUGGAUUCAACGGUCCAAAACAAAAAUGCAAUUGCCAUUAAAGUCACAGAUGAACAAACUUCUGCACUGAUUUUUAAAAGCGAGAAUAAGAGCAGCAAGUUUCUGGGUCUGCUUUAUCAACAGAUGCAUAAAGACUUCAUACAACCUCAUUUCAAAAUGAAGGCUUUUAUUUGGACCCUAAGUGUGUUAUUCUUCCUACUAAUGGGCAUUGGACAUUGCAGAGGAGGACAGUUCAAAAUAAAAAAAAUAACCCAGAGGAGAUACCCUCGUGCCACAGAUGGUAAAGGGGAAGCAAAGAAAUGUUCAUACACAUUCCUGGUGCCUGAACAAAAAAUUACAGGGCCAAUUUGUGUCAAUACCAAAGGGCAAGAUGCAAGUACUAUUAAAGACAUGAUCACCAGGAUGGACCUUGAAAACCUGAAGGAUGUGCUCUCCAGGCAGAAGCGGGAGAUAGAUGUCCUGCAGCUGGUGGUGGAUGUAGAUGGAAACAUUGUAAACGAGGUAAAGCUGCUGAGAAAAGAAAGCCGGAACAUGAACUCCCGUGUUACUCAACUCUAUAUGCAGCUAUUACACGAGAUUAUCCGUAAGAGGGAUAAUUCACUUGAACUUUCCCAGUUGGAAAAUAAAAUCCUCAAUGUCACUACAGAAAUGUUGAAGAUGGCAACAAGGUACAGGGAACUAGAGGUGAAAUAUGCUUCCUUGACUGAUCUCGUCAAUAACCAGUCUGUGAUGAUCACUUUGCUGGAAGAACAGUGCUUGAAGAUAUUUUCCCGACAAGACCCCCAUGUGUCUCCUCCUCUUGUCCAGGUGGUGCCACAACAUAUUCCUAACAGUCAUCCGUAUACUCCUGGACUGCUGGGGGGUAAUGAGAUACAGAGGGAUCCAGGUUAUCCCAGGGAUUUAAUGCCACCACCCGAUCUGGGGACUUCUUCCACCAAAAGUCCUCUCAAGAUACCACCAGUAACGUUCAUCAAUGAAGGACCAUUCAAAGACUGUCAGCAUGCAAAAGAAGCUGGACAUUCAGUCAGUGGGAUUUAUAUGAUUAAACCUGAAAACAGCAAUGGACCAAUACAGUUAUGGUGUGAGAACAGUUUGGAUCCAGGGGGUUGGACUGUUAUUCAGAAAAGAACAGAUGGCUCUGUCAACUUCUUCAGAAACUGGGAAAAUUAUAAGAAAGGGUUUGGAAACAUUGAUGGAGAAUAUUGGCUUGGACUGGAAAAUAUCUAUAUGCUUAGCAAUCAAGAUAAUUAUAAGUUGUUGAUUGAAUUAGAAGACUGGAGUGAUAAAAAAGUCUAUGCAGAAUAUAGCAGCUUUCGCCUGGAACCUGAAAGUGAAUUCUUUAGACUACGUCUGGGAACUUACCAGGGAAAUGCAGGGGACUCUAUGAUGUGGCAUAAUGGUAAACAGUUCACCACACUGGACAGAGAUAAAGAUAUGUAUGCAGGAAACUGCGCCCACUUUCACAAAGGAGGAUGGUGGUACAACGCCUGUGCGCAUUCUAACCUAAACGGAGUGUGGUACAGAGGUGGCCAUUACAGAAGCAAAUACCAAGAUGGCAUAUUUUGGGCUGAAUACCGAGGCGGGUCGUACUCUUUGAGAGCAGUUCAGAUGAUGAUCAAGCCUAUUGACUGAAGAGAGAUCGCCUCCAACUUAAAUGACAGAGAGCUCUGCCCUUUUCAGUUCCUAAACAUGUAAAUGUUACAUGUAUAUUGUUUUGCACAAUUCAUUGCUACAGAUACAGUUUUAAAUGAACUUACCAUAACUGUAAAAGGGGAUUUAUGACUAUAGUUUCAUCUUUCCUCAAUAUACUGCAGAAGAUUAUUUGUACCCAUAAUCCUAUUUUUAAAAUUAUAUUGACUAAACAUAGGCAAAGUUUGUUUUAUAAAAUGUAAAUAUUUGCUACAGUAUAUAACAAAUCUUAGCUUUAUUUUAAAUCAAAAUUGAAUACAUGUUCAAGACAAUUUAUUUAAAAAUUUUAUGAGAUUGCUCUAACUUCCAAUAGAAAAAAUAAUUUUAAAAUUUCAGCCAAGUAAUACGUUUUAUUUAUAAAAAUAUAGACAGGAAAUUAGAGAAAACUCUAGUUUUGCCAAUAGAAAAUACAUUUUGCAUUGAAUAAAAGUUAUUUCAAUUCAGUUUGUGCCUCUGACAUGAAAUGGUUAGACCGAAAUCCUUUUCCUGCUUUUAUUUUGAGAGAGAGAGAAAAAGCAUGCACAAACGGGGGAGGGGCGAGAGACAAAAUCCCAAGCAGGCUCAGCACCGAGCACGGAGCCCGAUAUGGGGCUCCAUCCCAUGACUGAGAUCACGACCUGAGCCGACAUCAAGGGCCAGAUGCUCAACCAACUCAGCCAACCAGACGUGCCCCUUGAACUCCUGCCAAUAUAUUUUGUGCCAAUCCCCCCCCCCCAAAUUAAGUGAUCCAUAGUAUUUAAAUACGUAUUUUAAAAAAUAAUGUAUGUAAUGUUUAAACAGUCAAAUUUACAAAAAACGGAAAUUAUAAAUGAUUUUUUCAAUAUUGUCUUCACAUGAUUUAUUGGAACACCAAAAUUUCCUGAAAUGUAUUUAUAUUGUUCUAUCAGCAAAAUAUUGGUAUUACAAGAAUGGGAAUCACAAAAAUUUAGUGAGCCAAUGGUUUUACAGAUCUGAAUUAUAACUUACGUAUAAACAAGCUUAUUAAUACCCCUGCUCUCCCCACUUCCAAAUUUACUGAUCCUGUCUGCUAUUCAAGUCAGAAAGCCUAGAGAACUUUAUAAGCAUUACCACAUACUGAUGGGUGGGACUAACACAACUUCAAGGAACUGUUAGGUAUUUUCUCAAUACUGAGAUUCAAUACCUUCGGGGCAGAAUCCACAGGGGUUUGGCUAGUCCAAUUUGCUAAUUCCAUCUUAUUGUGUGUGUGUGCGCGUGUGUGUCUUUUACUCAACUUUGGAUCUAACAACUUAUUACCAACCUCCUGGAAUAAUUUCUUUCCAGAAACAUGUUCUUGCUUACAGUUGACCUUCCUAAUUCAUUUGUGAACUAAAAUUUUAGAGAAAUCGCUGAAGACUUCUGCUCAAGCAAAAAGAAAAUCCUACCACGACUGAAGAUAAUCACUUGAACAACUCAAGCCCACCAACAUGACCAGUGUUUUUCCUGUCGUAUGUUAAAAUGAAAAUGCCGGUCAAAGAAGGCUUCAAGAGAACAUCAAAAUAUUAAAGUAGUGCUUUUCUUUGUUUUACCUAUGGUUAUCUUAAAAUGGGUUUGAAGUCCCUCCUACCACCCCCAGAAUAAUAAAAAAAAAUCUGCUGUAAGAUUUCUGGAUAAUCUAGUUGUUCUAUCAAAUCUUAAUUGGAUAAAAUUGUACAAGGGCAUUCCAUUUAUAUAGCAUUUCAUGUAAACAUCCAAAACCCUAUCAAAGACAAGUCUUAAAGAACUU